AUGUUGUAACAUACUAGUACCACCACCUUCCCCCGUGUGUCUAAAAUGGUACAGUCCAAAACUUGAAGCAUUUUGCGGGAAGCUGCUUCAGUUGUUUACAGUCUAUGGUUUGUUUACGAACAAGCUCCGAAAAUGAGUGCCAAAAAGGGCAGAAGAGCCAAAGCACCGAAAAAAGAUGAGAAUCAAAAAGGUUCAGCUAUGGAUGGUGUGGACUCUCCUAACCUGUCUGCCAUUGAGAGAGCCAGCUUCAUGGAGGGACUGCAGCCAAAUUUUGGUAACCCUCUGCACAGUACGGCCGUGGAGGAGGAUUUAAAUGUCUCCGGGGGACAGAAGGAAGAUGGGAGGAAAGGCGUUCCUAAGACGUCAAAGACUUUUGUGAAGCAGCGUGGAGCUGCCGUGAAGAGGAAGGAAACGGAGAGGGAUGCAGAGAAUGGAGAGGAAGAGGAGAAGAAGCAGAGGAGUAGGAGUACUGCAGGAAAUGUCAAGGCCGGGAAGGUGAAAAACCAGCAGGUGACGGUCAAAAAGAGAAAGAGUAAAUCAGGAAGUGGACAGUCUAAUGACCCUCAGUCACAGGAGGAGUCUGACACGGACACCGCCCGGCAAACACGUAAGACCAUCUUGUCCUCUGAUGAAGAAUUGGUGGACGAGGACACCAGCUGGAGCCCGAGUCAAAAGAAGACCAAGGCAAAUAGUUUGCGUGGAACCAGAAAGUCUUCACCUGGUAGUGCUAAAUCCAGAACGUCUUCAUCAGGCAGUGAAUCAGCAGAAGCAGACAAGGCGGACACAGAGACACAGAGGAGUAAGAAACAGAGUGGUCAGAGAGGAACGGAGCUGGAGGUUGUGCUGGACACCUUCAGUCAUUUCUGUGACCAGUACAGAGAGUCUGUGGAGUCUAAAGCAGUCAAACAAUCCAUUGAUUCGUUCUCAACGAAUGUCAAACAGCAGCUCAUGGAAAAGAUCUCUGCUAACAAGGAGCUCGGAGUUCUUAAAAGAGAAAACGUCAAGGUGGGUUCUUUGAUCCGUAAAAAGACACAGAGACUGUUGGAUGCCAAACAUGAGAUGAUGAAGGCGGAGAGGAAGGUGUUUCUUCUGAAGAAGGAGAAAGCAGAACUUAAACUCCGAUUAUCUGAUCUGAGACAAGGCCAAGCGUUCCUGCAGGACGUCAGAGAGCUCAACAGACAAUACCUGUACGGGGCUUCCAGCUUACCGGCUCUGCAGUUGGAGACCAAACUACUCAAGGCUGCAGAGCGUCACCCUUAA